UGCUGUUAGCAACAGAAUAUAAAGGGGGAGGAGGUGAGUUUGAGAAGAAAAGAGAGAAACAAACUAUAAAUGAAAAGAGAGAGAUAAUCUCAAACUUCUCAGAAGAAGAAAAACAAAGCCUACUACUACCACCACCACCACUAUAUAUUACUAUUAUGUACUGCUACUAAAACCCAUCAUCCCUUAUAUAUAUAUAGAGAGAGAGUGAGCUGUUUGAGAGAGAUACAAGAAAACAGAAGAGAAGAGAAGUGUUUUUAUAGAGGAAGGAAGUGAAGAGAGAAUGGAGGAAGAGGGUUCAAAGAAGUGUCUAUGGUUACUGUUCAGUUUGUCCUUGGUAUUACUAGUAGUAUUAAAAGUGAUGGGGUUUUUAUGGUGGAGACCAAAAAGAAUUGAAGAACAUUUUUCAAAACAAGGGAUCAAAGGACCUCCAUAUAGAUUCUUUAUAGGGAAUGUUAAAGAGCUUGUUUCUUUGAUGCUUAAAGCUUCUUCUACACCUAUGCCGCUUUCUCAUAAUAUCCUGCCUAGAGUUUUCUCUUUUUAUCAUCAUUGGAAGAAAAUCUAUGGAGGAACAUUUCUUGUGUGGUUCGGACCGACGCCACGAUUAACCGUUGCGGAUCCGGACCUGAUUCGGGAAAUCUUCACAUCAAAAUCAGAAUUUUAUGAGAAGAAUGAGAAUCACCCACUUAUUAGACAGCUUGAAGGUGAUGGUUUAUUAAGCCUUAAAGGUGAAAAAUGGGCACACCAUAGAAAAAUCAUCACCCCAACUUUUCAUAUGGAAAAUCUCAAAUUGUUGAUACCAGUGAUGGGAGACAGUGCAGUAGAAAUGUUAGAGAAAUGGUCAGAGAUGUGUGGUACCAGUGGAGAAGUAGAGUUGGAAGUAACAGAAUGGUUUCAAUCUUUGGUUGAAGAAGUUAUUACAAGAACUGCUUUUGGCAGCAGUCAUGAAGAAGGAAAAGCUGUUUUUAAGUUGCAACAAGAACAAAUGAUUUAUGCAGCUGAAGCUUUUCAAAAGGUUUUCAUUCCAGGAUACAGGUUCCUUCCUACGAAAAAGAACAGGUGUUCUUGGAAGCUGGAUAAAGAAAUCAAGAAAUCUCUGAUUACGUUAAUAGAACGGCGAAAACAAAACAACAGCCAAUUUGUUGAUGGGUGUUCUAAAGAUUUACUGGGACUUAUGAUCAAUGCCGGUUCGAAAGAAACGACGUUAGUCCGGUCGGAUUCUUCGUCGUCGACUUCGACUAUAACCAUACUUGACAUUGUUGAAGAGUGCAAGAGUUUCUUCUUCGCCGGUAAACAGACUACAUCAAAUUUACUCACCUGGAUUACAAUUUUACUGGCUAUGCAUCCGGAAUGGCAAAAAUUGGCACGUGACGAAGUUUUGAAAAUUUGUGGAUCACGUGAUGUACCAACGAAGGAUGGCGUGGCGAAACUUAAGACGUUAAUGAUGAUCGUCAAUGAAACAUUGAGACUGUAUCCACCGGCAAUCGCAACGAUUAGACGGGCUAAAACAGACGUUGAACUUGGCAGUUAUAAGAUCCCAAGUGGAACGGAGCUUCUAAUACCCAUCUUAGCAGUGCAUCAUGACCAAGCGUUAUGGGGAAAUGAUGCAACAAUGUUCAAUCCGGCUCGGUUUUCCGAAGGAGUGGCUCGUGCUGCUAAGCAUCCUAUGGCGUUUAUACCAUUUGGCCUUGGUGCACGUACAUGUAUUGGACAAAAUCUUGCAAUUUUACAAGCAAAGCUAGCAAUAGCUGCAAUACUUCAACGGUUUUCGUUUAGCUUAUCGCCGAGUUACCAACACGCGCCAACAGUCCUGAUGCUUUUAUAUCCACAACACGGUGCACCAAUUACAUUCCGGCGACUGACGGAACCAAUCAGUAGUACUAGUAGUCAAGAUCAAGGCUGAUUUACAAGAUAAGCUUUAUAACACCACCACCGGUAGCAAAUUAAGAUGCAACAUGGGUCUUGAUUACAAGAUGCAAGAAGGGUCAAGAUUACAGAUUUUGCAAGGGCUGAGCCACCACAAGAAAUCACCCUGUGGGUAGUACACUCGAUUUAAAGACCAUUUUGCCCUCCUCUGUCCCCGAUUGGAUAUAUAUACUGCCUUCACCCAAGUACAGUGGUACUACUAACAACCCACAGCCUGUGUUUUCUAUCAAAUGUCCAAAUUAACCUCAGUGUGUUACUGUAGCGUUUGUUAGAUUUUUCAAUGAGAGAUCUUUUAUCUCUGCGUGUAUGUAAUGUAUACUUCCUGUUAACUCCUUUUUUUUCUUCUUUCAUCCUAUACAAUUUGGUAACCCCUACACAUUUGUGAAUGUUACAUGGUUUCUACUCCAAA